AUGGCCGCCAUGUCGACAGGCGGCAAUAUGCCGACGACCCCCCCGUCCAGUCCGACGCCGCCAACAUCUCCCAACCCUCCGCCAACGAGCGAGUCCACGACCAAACCGACAUCUCCCAGCCCUCCGCCAACGAGCGAGUCCACGACCAAACCACCGCCUGAACCGACCACCGCGCCGUCGCCAGACCCCCCAACCCCUGAGCCUCAGCCGACCAGCGCGCCAGAGCCCACAAACACUCCGCCAGCCCCGACUCCGACGCAGCCAGGCCCGUCCAACACCACCGUGGUCAUCACCUCCACGGCCUCGGUGCCCCAUAACACCAGCGUCCGCCCGUCGUCCACCUCCUCCUCGUCCACCUCCAGCUCGGCGCCGACGCUGCCAGGUGGCUCGGGCAGCGGCAAUGGCAACAGCGGCGGCCUCACGCCCGGCGGCACCAUCGCCAUCGCCGUCGUCGUCCCCGUCGUCUCGGUAGCGCUCAUUAUCAUUGCCCUGCUCUUCUGGUACCGCAAGCGCAAGGCCCGCAAGCUCGCAGAGGAAGAGCGCAAACAGGAGAUCGAGGAGUACCGCUUCAACCCUAACAACGAUCCCACCUUACCCGCCGUGGGCAUGUACGACACCGACGUUGCCAUGAAGGACACGCCCGGCGCCGCUGCGGGUGCCGGAGCCGGUGCAGCUGCCAGCGCUGGCUACCGCGGCUGGGGCACGACCAGCAACUCGCGCCAUCAGCCCACCAACACUGCAUCCAGCGGCGGUGCAGACAGCGGCGCCAUGUACGCGCGCGACGUCUCCCCCGUAGAGGAGUCCUUCCAGUUUGCCGACGACGAGCAGCGCCAGGGACUCGGUCGCGCCGAGCCAGCAGUCGGCGGCAUCCCCAAGGCCCUCCACGUCGGCCAGCCGCCCAUCCAGACCCAGCCUCAAGCCCAGAAUCCCAACCCCAACCAGGCCAACAUCCACCGCGGCCUGUCCAAUGCCUCCUCAGCGUACUCUGCCGGCGCCCACUCGGACAUAUCAGACGACAUGAUGCCUCCCGGCGCACCACCGGGCGCGCAGUACUACGAGGAGAGCGCAUACUACCCGGACGGCGGCCACCACGGCCACAGCAACAGCCACCACGGCUCACCACCGGGCCUGGGACCUCAGCCUGUCAUCCGCGACGUUUCAGCGCGACGGAACACCCGCAUCGAGAGUCCCAGCGUCUUCCCACACCCGCAGCAGGGGAAUGCCGGUAUAUCUCAGAACUUUUAG